AUGACUGAAGUUACCGACCGUGCCGAAAAGAAGCGCAAGCUUCAAGAAGGCCCCGAACUCGAGAUUGACGUUUCUGCACCGGAGCCCAAAUCGAAGAAAGAGCUGCGCAAAGCCAAGAAGAGCAAGACCAGCAAAACUUCCAAGGAUGAAGAAGAUGCUCCGACCGAGAAGCCUGAUUCGAAUGAAACCACCGAGUCUCAACCCGCCCCCGAGAAACGCUCCGACUAUGGAAUCUGGAUUGGCAACUUGGCUUUCCAGACGACCAAGGAGGACCUUCGCAACUUUAUCGUUCAACACUGCUCCUUCUCCGAUGCUACAAUUACCCGAGUUCAUAUGCCCAAGGGACCUGAGAAGUUUGGAAGACCCCAAAACAAGGGUUUCGCCUACGUUGAUUUUUCGACCAAGAAGGCCCUGGAUGAAGCCUUGACACUGUCCGAGGAGCUCUUGACGGGCCGUAAAGUGCUGAUCAAGAAUGCGAAGAGCUUCGAAGGUCGGCCCGAGAAGUCUAAAGACGACAGCGCCCCCGGUAACUCCGCUAAGUUGGCCAACCCUCCAUCUCGGCGAAUUUUCGUUGGUAACUUGAGUUUCGACGUUACCAAAGAAUCCCUCGAAGAGCACUUCAGUCGUUGUGGAACCCUGACCAAUGUGCAUAUCGCAACGUUCCAGGAUACAGGAAAAUGCAAGGGAUACGCUUGGGUGGAGUUUGAGGAAAUUGCGGCCGCAGAAGCAGCGGUGAGAGGAUUUGUGAUGGUCAAGGAAGAUGAUGAAGAGGAGGAAGAAUCCGAUGAUAGCUCGGACUCCGAUUCUGAGAAAGAAAAGAAGCGCAAGAAGAUGAAGAAACCUCAACAGCGCAAGAUCUGGGUGAACCAACUUUUGGGUCGCCGUAUGCGCAUGGAAUUCGCAGAGGAUGCGACAACCCGGUACAAGAAGCGCUUCGGCAAGGAUGGCGAAGGAAAGAAGAGCGAAAACGGCGCCUCCGAGGACUCGAAUGAUGACAAACCCUGGACUCGGAAGCCUAAGAAGCAGGAGGUCGACGAGUCUCGCUAUUCGAAGGAGACCGUGCAACGACUCAGCGGUGCCAUUGUCGAAGGACAGGGCAAGAAGGUCACCUUUGACUAA